AUGGACCAGCUCGCCGACGUCAAGGCAAAAGUCAAGGCGUGGGAACGCGCAUUCCGCCGCGACAACGGAAGAGCCCCAACUAAAGAUGACAUCCGGAGGGGCGGCGAGAUUUCGGAGCAGUACGCGCUAUGGCGCAAGCUGAGCAAGGAGGCGGAGAAGCACAAGGCCAACGGGAGGGAGAAUGGGAAGCACAAGGCUGAGGAGAAGGCUCCUCGGCAUGACGAUCACAACACCACUCCGACGCCGCGGCGACGGAGCACGGCGCGUCUUCCCUCGCCACCCCCGCCGCCGCGAUUGUCCGAGGCGGGACCUAGUCGCCCAACCCCGCUCCUGUCCACGCCGAAACGACGCAAACUCGACGACAACCCGUUCAGCGUGUCGCGCCAAGCACCUUCCCCAUCUAUGCUUGGCGUACAAGGGACGCCCAAGCGCCAGCGAUUCGACUACGUACAUGCCAGCUCGCCGAAGCAGCUCAAGUCUCUGCUCGAGAGCGCGCGCAAGAGCAUGAAGAAGGACACGCCAAGGACACAGGCCCGACGCUGGCUCUCUGGAGAGGUCGAUAGCCCUGUGCAUCGGAAACGCGAGUUCCGGGGACGGCAAGAUGCCGAGGAAGAGCUGGGUGAGACGCCGAUCAAGGGCGAGGCGUUUGCGAUCCUCGACGAUGAGCCGAAGGGGCGCGACUUAUUCCCCAUCUUCAGGCGAGCGGCAGGAGAGAUGGGCGCCGUAGGAAGGACGGACAAGGAGCCCGCGAAUGGGAAGCGCAAAGCGACAGAAGCAGAGGUGUCACGCAAGAAGGCGCGCGCAUCGUUAUCCGACGAUGAGGAGAUGGACGAGGACGAGCUCGCUCCAACAACUCCGCCGACUGUAUCACCACUUGCUUCGCGAUCACGCCCGACGGGCGAGCGCGUCCUCGAACUAACGGACGACGAGUUCGACCCCGAAGCAAGUCCCGCCGUCGUCACGAUCAUCGGCACGCGGCGGACAGUGGUGCGCAUCAGUUCUAUAUUCGACGACGACAUGGUUAUCGACCAGAGUGAUUUGUCUGAGGAAGAGGAGGAUGUCGAGGAAGAUGAGGCGGAAGGAGUGGAGUUGGUGACAGACGACCCGCGCUCCAUGCUCUCCCUCCUCAGCCUGCGCUCACCCAUUGGCCGCGCUUCCGAGCAUAUGGCGAAUUUGCGCGUGCGAGCCCUCCUCGAUCCGAGUUGUGAAGCCGCCAUCGCGCUGCGUGCCAAGCGGCGGGGACAGGACGUGUUCGCUUGCGGCGAGACGGGCUUCGAGGAGGAGUACCUUGAGAUCGGGGCUGAGGUCGAAAUCGAGGGUGAUGACGAUUGGGAAAGCGACGCGGAGGGCUGGAAGGCUGACGGGAGCGACGAGGAGUGGUGA